AUGGCAGAACCGAUAGAAGGUAUUCAUUUUCCUAACUGGAACCCUCCCGUCGACACUAUUCAAACCUACUAUGGCGAUGGAACUACUUCAACAACUCGUCACUCCCUCCAUCUGUGUACUUCUGACAAUCUAACAUUAGCUACAAGAAAGCUGGCUGAUUACAUAUCAGAAAUAUUCAAUGAAAACGUAAACGGCUUUUCACUUGAAUGGAAUGGAUACAAUGGCAAAGAAAAUCACAUGAUAAUGGAUGCGUUCUGUAAUCCAGUCCGAGAUUUUCUAUUAACCGGAGACACUUCGAACGACUCUUCCAAAAAUGAUGUGCUGACCUCUAUUAUGAAAAAUCAGAACGCCAAAGAAACAAUGAGUCUGUGGAUUAAUCCAAGUUCAGAUUUCAGUUUUGACUUUGGACAAUUCAAGAACUCCUUAGAAACCUUGGAUAUUGCAUACUCACAUUGGAUAACACUUCAAAACAUUUCGGAUGCCAGAUGCCAGAAUUUGUACCUUCAUGAGUCAAAUUUUCUGCAGGCAGAUUUCAAAUUAUUGAUUGAUAAAUGGAGAGAUGGAUGGACUCCAAAUUGGAAGACUUUGAGCAUUGAAUUCAAUGAAGAUAUCGAUGUAGAUACAUGUGUUGAGGGAGAAUUUAUUGACCUGGAACCAGAGAACUAUAAGAGUAAAAAAGUAGUCUGUGGAAAUCUCCCAAUUCAACUCAAUCGAUUCGAAGGAUAUUUUGAAGACGAAUGGGGAACAACCUUCAUGCAUGGAUAUCACAUUUUACGAUCAGAUGGAAUGAUUGCAUCUAUUGAAAUAUUAGACGACGAAUACAGAGUUGGAAGUUUCAUAUCAAAUAAUGAAGAUUUGGGUCUUUAA